AUGGGUACGCCAGAGCAUCAUCACCUCCCCUUGGAGGAUUGGCUUCACCAAAGAAAGCAGCAACACGGAACCACCUUUGGUGUCGCGUUCAAAAACCUCCAUGUCUACGGCUUCACCACUUCGAACCAAUACCAAUCUACUAUCAGUUCCUGUCUUCUCAAGAUCCCAAGAAUCAUUCUUAGUAUCUUCUCGAACAGAUACCAGAAAGAGACCGCAAUUUUGCGAGCUUGCGGUGGAUUAGUGGAGCCGGGAGAGAUGCUAUUGGUAUUGGGAAGACCCGGCAGCGGAUGCUCCACGUUUCUGAAGACGUUAGCGGGAGAUAUGUCAGGCAUUCACUUGCGCAAUAGUUCAUCUGUAAACUAUGAAGGAACAUCGUACGAUUCAAUGCACAGUUGUCUCCGAGGCAGAUGCAUGUACACUACUGAACUUGACAUUCAUUUUCCCGAGUUGACCACCGCUCAGACCCUGGCCUUCGCCGCGAAGAUGAGACCCAAUGGCUCGCAACCAUCACACAGCCCACAGAGUACAAGUCAAAUAAUUUCCAGCUUCUUUAACCUCGAGAGCGCUUUCGAUACCAGGAUUGGAAGUCCCACGAUAAGAGGGAUCAGUGGUGGAGAGAUGAAGCGGGCCAGUAUCGCGGAAGCUUUCCUCGCCGAUAGCCAGUUGCAAUGUUGGGACAACAGCACGCGGGGAUUGGACAGUUCUACAGCUCUAAGCUUCGUCAUGCUACUUCGUGCUACUACGAAAUGCUUGAAAACUGCUGUGCUUACAAGUAUAUACCAAGCCUCGGAGCAGAUGUAUCAGGCCUUCGACAAAGUCACCUUGCUGUAUGAGGGUCAUCAAAUCUAUUUCGGCCCUGUGAGCUCAGCUGCAAAUUACUUUGUUGUCAUGGGGUUUGAAAGGCCUUCCUGUGCAACGACAGCCGACUUCCUAACAUCGAUCACCAACCCAUCCGAACGUACACCUCGAGUGGGGUGGGAGAAUAAGGUACCGAGAACAGCUACUGAGUUUGCUCAACAUUGGUUGCAGAGCGCAGAAUACCAGUCUCUCUCUAGGAGUAUCGACGUUUUCAAUGCCAGGAAUCCGCCGGACGGUCCCCAAUCACGACAUCUCGAUUCACGGUCCAUUUCGCAACUCGUACAGAUCCAAUCUCGCAUCGCUCGAGGGCUUUUGAGAUUGAGGAACAAUUUUACACCUGUUGUUGCGGGAGUUGUUGCCAAUACAAUUAUUGCUAUUGUCACGGGUAGUGUGUUCUACAAUCUUCCAUCCACGACGGCUAGUUUUCAACAGAGGUCCAUUCUACUAUUCUUUGCUGUCCUAGUGAAUGGAUGCACUCCUACAUUUGAGGUACUCACAAUGUGGGCACAGAGACCGAUCGUCGAGAAACACCAACGAUAUGCCAUGUACCAUCCCCUCAUCGAUUGCUGCGCCUCUAUCAUAUGCGACCUUCCAAACAAAUUAGUAACAACCGUCAUGUUUAAUAUUCCCCUGUAUUUCAUGACGAACCUACGCAGAUCCGUGUCAGCUUGGUUUACAUAUAUUCUUUUCAUAUUCAUCGUCAUUUUGACGAUGUCUAUGUUCUUUCGCAUGGUUGGAUCAUUGUCGAAGACAAUCGAGCAAACCAUGGCACCUGUGGCCACACUGAUGCUCAUGUUCACCUUGUACAAUGGAUUCGUGCUUCCUGUUGACUAUAUGCAUCCUUGGCUAGCGUGGUUCAGAUGGAUCAAUCCGUUUGCGUAUGCAUACGAAGGCUUGAUGAUAAACGAGUUUUCUGGUACAUUUCCUUGUGCAUCUACAAUUCCGGCUGGACCAGGGUACGACCAUCAAGUAGGCAUGGAGGAAAAAGUAUGCAACGCCGUUGGAGCCAUCCCUGGGGAGAAGCUCCUAGAUGGAAAAGCCUUCAUUGCCGCCAAGUACGGUUUUCUUCCAAGCCACUUAUGGAGGAACCUUGGCAUACUUCUGGCAUUUUUCACCAUAUUCGGUGCCAUCCAUUUGCUUGCAGCAGAGUACAUCCCAGCUUCGCGUUCUAAAGGCGAGGUUUUGCUGUUCAAAGGGAAACAAGGAAGAAAAGAAAAGUGCCCACCGAACGAUAUAGAGACAACCUCUCCCAGUGAUGCUUUACGACAGCAGAUCGAUACACUACAUUACCAAAAUGAUAGAAUCGAGUAUUCGAGGGAAGUCCAAAAGCAAACAUCCACAUUGUAUUGGAAGAAUGUCAACUAUGAUGUAACGUCCGGAAAGAACAAGCGACGGAUUCUAAAUGAAGUCAAUGGCUGGGUGAAACCUGGAACACUGGCUGCUCUGAUGGGUCCAACGGGAGCUGGCAAAACGACACUUUUGGAUGUUCUUGCGAAUCGUACCUCAAUUGGUGUAGUGACUGGCGAUAUAUGCAUAGGGCAGCAUGCUCAAGAUGCUACAUCCAAGAGACGAACGGGAUAUGUACAGCAACAAGAUAUACAUCAUCCACAAUCGACCGUUCGAGAAGCAUUAGAAUUUAGUGCUCUUUUGCGUCAACCAAAUGAACGGAGUACAGACGAGAAGCUGGGGUAUGUGAACACGGUCCUCAAAAUGUUGGAGAUGGAAUCCUAUGCUGACGCCAUCGUCGGCAUUCCUGGUGAAGGACUUAAUAUCGAGCAACGUAAGAGAUUAACGAUAGCUGUUGAAUUGGCUGCUCGACCACCCUUACUGUUGUUUCUUGACGAGCCAACAUCCGGGCUUGACAGUCAGACCGCAUGGUCUAUUUGCAUGCUGUUAAAGAAACUUGCGCGUAAUGGCCAGGCCAUCCUCUGCACGAUACACCAACCUUCUGCCCAAAUUUUCCAACUCUUUGAUCGCCUCCUUCUACUGGAUGAAAAAGGGCAUACAGCCUACUUUGGUGAUAUUGGAACAAACUCAUCAACACUUACGCAUUACUUCGAGAGAAACGGUGCAACUCCGUGCAGUGCUGAAAGCAAUGCAGCUGAGUGGGUGGUGGAUAACUUAACGAGCCACAGGAGACAAGAUACAUUGGAUAGGCCUGAGCAAAGCAGCUGGGUAGAUGUAUGGAACAGGAGCACGGAAAAGAGUAUCAUCCUUCGUAUCAUCGAAAGAUUCGAACUUCAAAAGGCAGCAGAAGCAUAUAACCUCCCCCGAUUGGAAGACAAGAGCGAUGCACCUUUGCGUCAACAAAUGCUUGUUGUACUCCAUCGCACCUUUGCAGAGUAUUGGCGAGAUCCAACGUAUCUAUACUCUAAACUUGCGCUAUCAACUGCAGUUGCAAUAUUCAGCAGUCUUUCGUUCUAUAUGACGCCACUCAAUCUACAGGGUCUCAUCUCCAUCACCUUCUCUGUGUUUCUUCUUACACAACUUUUCAGUACCAUCGACCAGCAGAUAAUUCCUCGUUUAGUCACCAACCGCGAUCUUUUUGAAGCGCGAGAAAACCGAUCAGAGACAUUCUCUUGGGUCGUUUUCGUUGCCGCAAAUAUCAUUGUGGAACUUGUGUGGCAGACACUGACAGCCGUGUUGGUGUUUGUAACCUGGUACUAUCCUCUUGGUCUGUGGAGGAAUGGGAACGCCCUAAUGCCGGCUAGCGAAAGAGGCGGUUUGGCUUUUGCGAUGAUAUGGAUGUUCUUUCUCUUUAUCUCAACACUCUCUCAAGCCGUUGGAAUUGCGAUCCAACAUGCCGAAACAGCCGUACAAGUAGCGACGCUAUUAUUCUAUCUUUCAUUGGUCUUCUGCGGCGUUAUCGUCAAUCCGGCGGAUCUACCAAGGUUCUGGCUGUUUAUGUACCGGAUAUCCCCGCUUACAUAUUUUAUUGCUGGCGUCGUUACUGCCGGUCUAGCGUACACACAGAUCAAAUGUUCUUCUAUAGAACUACUGAAGAUCGAAUUACCUACAGGUAGAAUGUGUGGUGAAUACAUGGAUUCAUACAUGCAGCUGGCGUGUGGGUUUGUGGAAGACACGCAGACGACGGAAUCUUGCAAUUAUUGUCCCGUCGGCGAUAGUGAUGCUUUUCUGCGGUCGAUGGGCAUUCGAGUCGAGCACAAGUGGCGGAACUUUUGGAUUUUGGCUUGCUAUGUGGUAUUCAAUGUAGUUCUGGCGUUUGGACUUUACUGGAUGGCGAGAGCACCAAGGCGCAAAAGAACAUAG